CUUUUGCUCCGUACGGCGUGCAGGAAAGGACAUAAAAAAACUACAUACAGAGCGUCGAAGCUUCCAGCUACGUAUGCGCAAAUUCUGCGCACGUUAAUGUUCUUCAAUACCCUAACCGCCUCUCACUCACACACAUGGUUACAGCGGACGCUUUAAGAGCUCCUAACUGCGCAGAUAGGAGGCAAUCAGCAUCUAUAUUAUCUGACGCAUUUCUACUAGUUGUCUAACUAAAAGCAAACAUACUGCAUUCAAAUUCAAGCCCGUCAAAUGCAGGAUACGGUAAAUAUGGCGGCUGAAUCAGAAUUUGAUGAAGAAGAGGAGCCUUUGUUCAGCGAUCCGGAGGAUUUUGUGGAAGACAUCGAUGAUGAAGAACUGUUGGAGGAUGUUUUAAGGGAGAGACCUCUGGAGGCUGAUGGGAUUGAUUCGGUGGUCGUGGUGGACAACGUUCCCCAAGUGGGCCCUGAACGUCUGGAGAAACUGAAAAAUGUGAUCCAUAAAAUCUUCUCCAAGUUCGGAAAAAUCACUAACGAAUUUUACCCUGAAGCGGCUGGGACCACCAAAGGGUAUAUCUUUCUGGAGUAUUUGUCCCCUAACCAGGCUCUGGAAGCAGUUAAGAAUGCAGACGGUUACAAGCUGGACAAACAGCACACAUUCAGAGUAAAUCUGUUCACAGAUUUUGAUAAGUACAUGAACAUCAGUGACCAAUGGGAAACCCCUGAAAAACAGCCUUUUAAAGAUUUUGGCAACAUGAGGCACUGGCUUGAGGAUGCAGACUGUCGUGAUCAAUACAGUGUAAUUUAUGAAUCAGGAGAACGAACUGCCAUAUUUUCCAAUGACCCGAAGGAGGCGAUACUGGUUGAAGAGAGAGCUCGCUGGACAGAGACUUACGUCCGCUGGUCACCCAAAGGGACGUACCUGGCCACUUUUCACCAACGAGGAAUUGCAUUGUGGGGUGGAGAGAAGUUCAAGCAGAUACAAAGAUUCAGCCACCAGGGUGUGUCUCUCAUUGACUUCUCCCCGUGUGAGAGGUAUGUGGUGACAUUCAGCCCACUGAUGGACACUAAAGAAGACCCUCAAGCCAUCAUCAUCUGGGACAUCCUGACCGGACAGAAGAAACGAGGCUUCCAUUGUGAGAGUUCGGCACACUGGCCUAUUUUUAAGUGGAGUCAGGAUGGGAAAUUCUUUGCCAGAAUGACACAAGAUACUCUCAGCAUCUAUGAAACCCCUUCAAUGGGUCUGCUAGAUAAGAAGAGCUUAAAAAUAAGUGGAAUAAAAGAUUUCUCUUGGUCACCGGGAGACAACAUCAUUGCCUUUUGGGUCCCAGAAGACAAGGACAUUCCAGCCAGGGUAACGCUAAUGCAGUUCCCAUCCCGUUUAGAGAUUCGGGUGCGGAAUCUUUUCAACGUGGUGGACUGCAAGCUUCACUGGCAACGGCAGGGUGACUACUUGUGUGUGAAGGUGGACCGAACGCCCAGAGGAACACAGGGUGUCGUCACAAACUUUGAGAUUUUCCGCAUGAGAGAGAAACAGGUUCCUGUUGAUGUGGUGGAGAUGAAAGAGAGCAUCAUUGCAUUUGCCUGGGAGCCCAACGGCAGUAAGUUUGCGGUACUACAUGGAGAAUCUCCCAGAAUAAAUGCCUCAUUUUACCACGUCAAAAGCAACGGCAAAAUUGAGCUCAUAAAGAUGUUUGAUAAGCAGCAGGCCAACAGUAUCUUUUGGAGUCCUCAGGGUCAGUUCAUGGUACUGGCAGGACUGCGGAGUAUGAACGGUGCGCUUGCAUUUGUGGACACGUCGGAUUGUACCAUUAUGUAUAUUGCGGAGCAUUACAUGGCCUCUGAUGUGGAAUGGGACCCUACAGGCAGAUAUGUGGUGACUUCUGUUUCCUGGUGGAGCCACAAAGUGGACAAUGCAUACUGGCUUUGGACGUUCCAGGGACGCCUUCUGCAAAAGAACAACAAAGACAGAUUCUGCCAGUUGUUAUGGAGACCACGCCCUCCUACUUUACUCAGUCAAGAGCAAAUAAAGGCAAUUAAGAAGGACCUUAAGAAGUAUUCAAAAAUCUUUGAGCAAAAGGACAGACUGAGCCAAUCCAAAGCUUCCAAGGAGUUAGUGGACAAACGUCAUCUGAUGAUGGAAGAAUACAGGCAGUACAAAGAAAGUGCCAUUCAGCUUUACAACCAGCAGAGAGAGCUACGCCUUCAGCUCAGAGGAGGUGUGGACACAGAUGAGCUGGACAGUAAUGUGGAGGACUGGGAAGAGGAAACCAUCGAGUUCUUCAUCAGUGAAGAGAUCAUUUCUCUCGGAGAUCUGAAGUAGACCUACAUGGAAAGCACCCAUGUUUCCAG